GGUACCGUUAGUACCGGUACUGGUACCGGUACCUGCCCACCCCUACCUCUGCAGCAGUCAACACUCAGCAGCUGACCUUCCUCGCACAUACGGCGCAGAAGGCCCUGCUGGUGGCCGGUGGAAGAAAGCCUGACGAAUAUGGCCCUCACCGUGUUGCGUGGUGGUGUGCCACAGCUAACGAGAGCUGUGAGUGGUGCUGUAGUGAUAGCAACAAGAGACAAGAGUGCCACUGCCAACCCUGCUCCUGUCAAGUACAAGCCCUACUCCCCCUUUCAAAACACCUCUAAUGCUGCUGAAUAUGCAGUUGCCAGGCUUGAUGAUUUGCUCAAUUGGGGACGAAAGGGGUCACUGUGGCCUUUGUCCUUCGGGUUGGCAUGCUGUGCUGUAGAGAUGAUGCAGUGUGCUGCUGCCCGAUAUGAUGUGGACCGCUUUGGCAUAGUGUUCCGUGCCUCACCCCGCCAGGCUGAUGUUAUCAUCGUUGCUGGAACACUCACCAACAAGAUGGCACCAGCACUUAGGAAAGUUUAUGAUCAGAUGCCUGAGCCUCGGUGGGUAAUAUCCAUGGGAUCUUGUGCCAAUGGUGGUGGUUAUUAUCACUACUCCUACUCUGUUGUUCGAGGCUGUGACCGCAUCCUUCCUGUUGACUUGUAUGUGCCAGGCUGUCCACCCACUGCUGAGGCACUGCUGUAUUCCCUUUUACAGCUGCAGCGGAAGGUGAAGAAGAUGAAAACUUUGCAGAUGUGGUAUCGAAAGUAAUUGAAUACAGUGUUAUUAAAUAGCAAAUAGUUAUCCAUUGUAUAUUUGUUGUUUGUAUCAUGGAAAUUAAAAGUUAUUUCAUGAAAAUGUUCUGGCUGUCUAACACGUGUGAUUUAUAUUUACGACGUUCAAAGUAAACACUAUAUUUUGCAGCAUUAUUUCUUUACCAAACUUAUUUGAAGUAUGCAAAUUUCCAUGUAACAUUAUGUAAAUAAAUUUUACAUUACUAUAGA